CUUUUGUUUGCACACUACUCUGCGUUUUUUCUUAUAUAAUUCUAAAUUUUUUUUCUAUUUUGUUUGCAUCUGCGCAACGCCAAGUGCUUUCACAGGUUUUUUUUUUUGUUAAUAUACAACACAAUUCAAGAACUUUACUGUCGCAUGCGAUAGUUAAAUUGGUGUUCGAUGUUAUAUAAUAAUUAUGAUGUAAUACAUUUAUAAUAAUGUAUCUCGAGAUAUGCGCGCGCGCUUUCUGGAUCCGUGCGUUUGAAUCGGCCGGAGGUCUCGAGGUAUCGCGACGCCGCGAUAUCUCGCGAUACAUCGCACCAGCAAUCGAACACAAUCGUCAGAGAGGUCCUCCAGAUGAUAAUUCCUAUCGCCCCGCGCGCAUCCGAUAACCUGCGCAUAAAUUCUUGUGCCAGUGUGUGCACACGUCAUUCCUUCACGUCUGGGAGCAACACACUGGCGUACGCCCGAACAGACCGAGCAAUAAACGUUAUCGCACAAUUACAAGCAAUGGUAGCCCAUACCGUACUCCUGGACUUCACGGUCUCCAGUAGCGUAAUUGCCGAUAUGGAGAAGCGAUCGGGCCUGAAAUCGGCGAUCGCGAACGUACUGGCGGAACAUUUCACCGGUCUCAAGCCACUGACAGAGUCGAACAUCGACGGCAGUUUGCUCGUUUUAUAUACCGGACCCAGGGGCAGUCUGAUCACUGUCAGAGGGUACACAGAGGGUCUGAUUACGUUAAACAUCGAGUAUUACAAGCAGGACGAUCAAGAGGCGCUCUUAACUUUCGAGCAGUGGCGAUACUUGGAAGCUGAUGUUGCCAUGGCUUUGAACAGCCAGCGCAGCAAGCGUUUACCGCCAGUAAGACGAGGAACCAUAUAUGACCUCUAUCUGACACUAUCAGACGAGCGACUGCUGGAAUAUGACAUCGACAAGCUCGUGUUCGAGGCUAGAUCACCGUAUCAGAAGGUACAAAUUGUGCACUCCAAAUCGCUAGGCAAUCUGCUGGUACUCGACGAACUCCAAAACAUGUCCGAGGCAGAUCUUAUAUACACAGAAACGCUGAUGCAACGAGGCAAAGAAAAUUACGCUGGCAAGGAGAUAGUGAUACUCGGUGGUGGCGAUGGCGGCCUAUUAUGGGAAUUAUUGAAGGAAAAACCAAAGUUUAUUACGAUGCUAGAAAUUGAUGACAUCGUCAUGAAAGCCUGUAGCCAGCAUAUGCGGAGCAUAUGUGGCGACUGCCUAGACAAGAGAAAGGGCGAUAAUUAUGAAAUCAUUGUCGGCGAUUGUGUGAAAGCGUUAGCCCAUAUGAUCGAAGAAGGACGACAAUUCGAUUACGUCUUCGGCGAUCUGACGGACAUUCCUAUUAGCACAACGCCACAUGGUGAUGCCUGGGAUUUUAUUAGACUAAUCCUCAACUCUUCCAUGAAGGUGUUGAAGUCUACCGGAAAAUAUAUGACGCAUGGAAAUGGCGCGUCAUGUCCAGAAUCCUUGAAGAUGUAUGAAGAAGUCUUAUCUCAAUUGUGCGUGCCGGUCACGUUCACGAAAGAUCGCGCUUUUGUCCCAUCUUUUUUCGAAGAUUGGAUCUUCUAUCAAGUCUCACUGAAAUGAUGGAGCAAAGAAUAUUCGGGUAGAACCUGGAGGACCAUGGCAAACCGGUAUCCUCACAGUCUGCUGCCUGUCUUAUGACCCAAGCUCUACUUCCUAGUUCUAGCUUUAUUAAUUAAUGAAAUUAGUUCCUGAGUGAGAUGAAUCAAAUUAUUAUUAAAUUAGUUCAUUUCAUAACAUAUUAAUUACUGUUUUCUCUCGAGAUUUCCUCGAGAAUUUUAUUAUGCGUAAUGAUUGCGUUGGAAGAUAAAUCUAAGAAAUAAUAGAUGAUAGCAGAAAAAAGAAUAUAUACAUAUAUCUUUUUAUAAGAGAUAAAAUACCUUACUUUAAUUUGGUUUAUCUCUUUUAUCAUGUUCUAGAGGAAGCAAGGUUCAAAUUGGAUUUAAUUUGCAUUACCUCUUGUCGAAAUACAUUUUUCACAACACCUCCACGGAAAGUUCGACUUUCCAUGCCUGUAGAGAGGGGCGAAAGUGGCCAAUUU